AUGUCGCUCUUCUUCCUAACUCGCACCGUCUCAUUGAACAAGCGCAUUAGCGUUCCUGUUGAUGACGUGCUGCGCACAUUACACGACUCACAAGCCAUAAUCGAGCUCAAUCCGCUGGUGGUCGAUGUUGCGCCGGAUGCGGCGGACCCAAAUCUAUACCAUGUCACCGACAUACUGUCUGUGCUUGGGCUCCGCAUCCCGACCAAAUACACUACAAAGUUUCAAUUGGUGGAGGAUGGAUUCGACAGUCGUACGGAAGCUGGACUCAAAACUUCAUUGAAUGACUGUUGGCGAGCCAGAGCAGUAGAGGGUGGUACAGAAGUGACGGAGGUCGUUACGAUAAAGGCGUUUUUCCUGGUGAUGCCAUUCGUUGCGGGGAAUUUGGAACAAUCCCAUCAGGACCUGCUGAACCAGUUGGCAGCGAAGCUGGAGUCAUCAGACUGA